GGUGCCACGGGUGGCGAUGCCUGUGUUCGCCGGCGGGAUUCCGGUGGCAUCGUUCCUGGAGCGUCUGGAGAAGGCGAAUUUUGAUGCAUUCCACCCGGGACUGCGGGUGCGCGACUGGAGGCUUCCGUGGCGAGUGUGGCGUAGUUAUUAUAAGUGUACGUUUUGAGCAACACUGAAGACACUUUGUUUCCUUUUCCUUUGACUGGGUACCCCCUUGAAGGCAGUUCCUUUGACUAGUACCCCUUCAGGCUCUUGAGUGGAUGUGGAGAAGAAGCGGCAAGUGGCAGGAAGUGGCAGCGCACGCGAGCGACGGUCGGAAGCGGAUCUGAAUCGGGCGUGGCUUCGUGACGCGCGAGGGGUUUAUAUACCUGGCCGGUUGCCCAGCCGCCGCCCUUCAUCUUCACGCUUGUCCCUCGCUCUCCACCGCCCUCGACCGUCCCGCCGUCGUCGCCGUCGUCGUUAUCGUACAAAGCUUCUUUUUAAAACGGCCGUUGUAGCAUACAAGUCUCUUUUAACGACAUCUGCGGCCUCAUGGACCGCCUAUGUGACGACAUUAUUCAGCUCAUAUUUAAUGAACUCGACCAUCCUGCGUGCUUCGCCGUCACCUCUAAACGCUACUUCCAGCUCUCCAAAGACCCAUACGUCCGCGCGCAUUACUUCCUCUCUCGCUAUGGGAAAAUUCAGGCGUUCUUCUGGGCUUUGGGUCGAGGGAAACUGCUGAACGAGAGGGUCAUCGACGUGCGUUUUUUUUUACUGUUCUGUCAUGCCAUCGUUCUCAUCUGUGUCGCCCACAAAUCGACGAUGCAGAUACUCCUAUCCAGCGGCGCCCACCUCUCCCGCUACCUUGUUCAGUGUGCCACGCACCAUUACUUCCGCACGGCUGUCUCCUUCGUGAAAACACGAUGGGUGCGCACGAACUCUCUUCCAACCUUCGCCCACUUCCUCAAGGUCGCCGCCGAACGAUUAGGCGACGUCCCGAUCUCAAAGGGCGCUAUGGACGAUGGCGCUAUUUUUGCGGCUUUCAUUCACGAAAGCAGGUUGCCCAUCAAUCUGAGACCUACGAAGUGGGAGACCGUUAUGGAGAUAUUUGAGAAGUAUAAGUUUAUCCCUUUCAGUCCGAAGGACCCUCUCAUGGCCCAAUUCCCCCUCGCACUUUCUAUUGAGCCUCGAUUGCUUCCACCGGCCGUGGCAAACGGCUUUCACAUGGACGACAAAUAUCGAGACUUCAUCUUCCGCAAGAUGUUCGAGAAGAAUUCUAGUGGGCAGAACAGGGUGGAGGACAUCCUCCACAAUGUCAGACAACUAUGCCUUCUGGACUCAUCCAUGUUCAUCAGUCGUACUGUGGCAGCGGAGGUCUGUAUGGAGGGGCAGAGCAACGAGCCUGCAUACAAGGCAUUGAAGAGUUUGGAUCGCAAGGGUGAUUUACGGUUUGAACUAUCGAUUGUUGUAGAGGAGCUCAUCAAGCUCUUCGCUAACACUCGCUCAGUAACUACCACUUCCACCGGAAACGCCCUUCGUCAUCUCUUCGUCGACUUUCCUAGCAAGGAUCCAACAGUUCGCGUCGUCAUGAUCCUGACAGCACUCUUCUCUGCUCGGACCGAUCUCUCUCAGGCGCAACUACAUAACCUGUUCACGAGCUAUAAGCUCGCCCCGCUAUGUAAGCGCGAUGUGCUCAACGUGCUGCUCAACCCGUUCGUAGAGCAGUUCUGGUCACUGUACAAGUAUGCGCAACUUCAUGUCGAGGAUCUGGAUUCGCCUUCCGAGCUACUGGAAGAGGUUAUCGAGAAGUCCCUGGCCAUCACUUGUAAGGGUAAUCUGUUGGCGGAUAUUCUGAAGAAACGGCCACAGGCGGAAAAGAUCAUCGCCAAUGCGGUCAUGAAGCACUAUUCGGUGGUACUGGAUAGUCUGCCGGAACGAGACAGUGACGAGAAGCCGUUUGUUGCGCCUCUUUGCCGUGACGUAGUCGCAUCCAUUAGGCCGGUAGACUCGUCGGUGCCACCGCCGGCUGAACAGGACGGCGAGGAGGACGAAGAGGAAGAAGACCAGUUAAUGGAUGAGGAUGAGGAAGGUCAAGUCCCAGAGGACGGCGAGCUUCAGGUAUCCCUUCCGGCAGCACAGACCGCCGAUAAUGGUCUGGGUCAUAUCGGCCAGGAUACGCUUUCGCAUAUGAUUCGUCUGGACGAGAUGGUUAUUCCUCGUCGGCGGCGUUAUUCCUUCCACUACCAUAAUCAUAACUUUUAUGACUAUACCUCCAGGCUUCGGUAUCCCGCAGAUUACGUUCCGGUCGGGCGCUGGAUCCGUACUCAUUUUGGUCCUCGUCAUCCUGUUACGACGGUAUUCAUGAUGAACGCUGUCAUUAACGAUAAUUAUUCGAUCCUGACGCACUACCUACAUGAUACUGAACGAGUCGCUUCCUCUGUCCCGGUGACUCUGAAACACUUCCAGCUCCUCGCCCGCCUUGGUCGUCCUCCCAGCUUCUUGCUCUUCCAAGCCAUCCGCACAGGUGCCCAGUUCUAUGCCAGUGAAGACGAUUUCUUGCCUUCCGAUGUUAAAGUCAAGAAAGAAACCACCCCGAGCACUGACAUCGUAACCUCCGCUUCUACACCCAUCGCUUCCUCCUCUUCUGCGUCCUCUCGUACUCCGAGCAAACGACCGCGCAGACCGCGUCGUUCAGCAGCCUCGGCCGUCAAGUCGUAUGUCGUUCCGGACUCGGACGACGAGGCGAUCGCGGAAGAGCAAGUGGGUGAGAACGUCGAGACGUCUGGGUCGCACCCUGGUAAUAAGAAACGGGUGGUGGAGACGAGCUUGCAGAAGUGGAUCAGGCAUUUGACGGCGUUGCAGAAGGGGGAGAUUAAGAAGUAUAAUGAGGAGAAGAAGCAGAUACAUAAGCUGGCGGCGCCGGGUCCUAAGUUGCGUGUACCCAAGAGCGAGUUUUUGAAGUCGCUGUCGUCGGGCCUGAGAGAUUUGCGUCAUACGGAGGCUGCGACACGGUCGGAGCUCCAGGGUAGCGAGUCGAAUGAGCACGAUCUCAGCGAUGACGAUGAUGAGGAGUAUCAGUCUCGUGCUCGACCGGCCAAGAGGAGGAAGGUCACUCAUCAUGGGGACUGAUCGAGGAUCGGAGACCUUUAUUCCCCCUUUUUCCCUUUCUGCAUGUUAUACUCGUGCCUUCCAGAUUCGUCUGCAUUGACCAUUGACCAUUCAUUGUUCGCACUUCCCCUGCAUCGCCAUCACCAUCAUCUCAAUGGACUGAAAGAUUCAACACGACCCCCCACCCCCAUUUUUUUUAUUUGCACGUACGAGCCAGUCCCAGAGCUAUGUGAACUUCCGAUUCUCAAUUCCCGAUCGUUGUACCCUGCCUUUAUUCAUUCGUCGUAAUGCCUUUUUUAUUUAUUCGAUUCGAUGAUUCUCGAUUCUUUGUUGUUUUUCGAAUUCAGCGUGGACGCACGGCGUUCUUCCCUGGUGUAUCCUGAUUCCUUGUCGUUGUUCUGCAUUUGUCCUUGCCCGGUUCUGUGUUUCUUUUUUUUCUCGUUUCUCUGCCUGCCCUCCUUCCUCGACUGCGUCAGUGUUCGUUGCCUUGCCCAUUGUUCCACCAUUCAUUCAUACAUCAUUGUUAUCAGCAUUUCCCCCUCCUCUCCCCUCUUCUCUCCCCACUCCUGUCCUCCCCUUUCCCCUCCCCUCUCUCCUCCCCUUUUCCC